GCUCUGUUGCUUUAAGCUUAAGCUUUUGUUUGGGAGGAGACUGGGAGGGCAGCAGAGAGCGGACGCCUACCUGGAGAAACCUGCAGUUAGGUGUGGCAGGAGCUGGAGAGGCUGGAGUCGCGGGAUGGGCAGGAGGCGGGCAGAAAGUUGGAGUAAGCAGGAAGUGAAGCUGUGGCUGCCUUGAGUGGAAACAGACUAGGCGAGUACUGCUUUGAGAGGCCCAAGUGCUCCGAGACAUGGAGGAAGCCAGUGGGGGUGCCGGAAAUGACCGAGUUAGGAACCUGCAGAGUGAGGUGGAGGGAGUCAAGAAUAUCAUGACCCAGAAUGUGGAGAGAAUCUUGGCCCGAGGGGAAAACUUGGACCAUCUCCGAAACAAGACCGAGGACUUGGAAGCCACGUCUGAACACUUCAAGACAACAUCGCAGAAGGUGGCCCGGAAGUUCUGGUGGAAGAAUGUGAAGAUGAUUGUCAUCAUCUGUGUGAUUGUCCUUAUCAUCAUCAUCCUUAUUGUGCUCUUUGCCACGGGCACCAUCCCCACUUAGAGCCCCUCUCACCCCCCACUACUCUUCAGGGGUAACCCUCCCUGAUGUGUGCCAAGAGGGGCCCUCUCCUGUCCUCCUCCACAGAAAUGCUGCUUGGUCCCCGUGAGGGCCUUCUGCGACAUCUGCUCCAGAAGCACCUUGAUCCCCUGGGAGGAGAGAGCUGGACUGUGGCUGCAUCUCAGGGGUCCUGAGAGUGGGUUAGAGAGACCCAGAGGACCCUGCUGGUGGCUGGCGGGCAAUAAAGACCUUUCAGUGUCCCUAAGAGUA